AUGGCCAACAACCUCCGAGCAACCCUCGGCUUCACCAGCGCAGAAGACUGCGAAGACGAAGAAGAAGCCUGGACACCACUACAGCUCGCUUGCUCUCGAGGUGACCUUGCCAAAGUGUCCAAUUUUCUAACACAAGGUCACGAUCCAAAUGAAGCCCCCAGUGGCUUCUACGGCAGGACCGCUCUCCAAGCAGCAGCGGUAGAAGGGCGUCUUCAGAUCGUUCAGUUCCUCCUCAAAUCCGGUGCCAACGUCGAUGACCCAGGCGGCAACAACGGCGGAAGAGCCGCCCUCGCUCUCGCGGCUGGAGCAGGAUAUGAAGACGUUGUCGACUGUCUUCUUCAAGCCGGCGCAGAUGUCAAUCUCUCAGCUCAUCGUUACAUGGGUCGGACGCCAUUACAAGCCGCCGCCGAAGGUGGCAAUCUUGCUAUUGUGCAAAAGAUGCUAGAUCGUGGUGCGGACGUGAAUGCUGCUAUUGCGCAAAGUUAUGGUCGUACGCCGCUGCAAGGUGCUGCGGAGUGCGGACAUGAGGAAGCGGUGGGGUUGCUCGUGGAGAGAGGAGCGGAGGUCAACACGCCUGCAUGCAGGAAUAGGGGAUUGACGGCGAUGCAGGCAGCGGCUUCGAGCGGCUGUAUUGAAACCGUGCGUAGACUGCUGGCUGCCAGCGCUGAUGUAAAUGCUCCGAGUGGGCGUUAUCUUGGAUCGACUGCGUUGGAUGCGGCUGCUAGAGCUGGACAUGAAGAUGUCGUGGCCUUGUUGCUGGAUGCCGGUGCAGAUGGGCGCGGACUGGGGCACAUGAGAGACAUGAUGUAA